CGCCGGCCGUCAGUGUGCGUGCCGCGGAGUGCCAGACUGACAGACAUCUUGUUAGUAGAAAUAGCGGCGUGGUGCUGUCGGCCGUGGGUGUCGGUGUCACGGUUCCGCGUCGCGGUGCUCGUCAUUACGGUGUUGUCGCCGUCGUCGUUGUCGUCGUUGUGGCCGUUGUCGUCAUCAUCAUCGUCUUUGUCGUCUGCUACGUCGUGGCCGUCGCUGUUGUAUUUUUUUUAUCGUGCUGGUUCUUUCUGUGUUCGCGCCGUCGAUCGUUGUCGCUGUCCUCCGCCUCGCCGCCGUGGUCGUUGUCGCCGCUGUCGCCCUCGCUUAGUAGUCUCGGUACUCUUGUCUCUGACGGUUGUCGUUUACUCGGAGACUCUGUUGUGCUACUCGUGUUGUGGUACCGCGGUUGCGAGACCCCGUUGGUGCGGGCCGUGCAGCUCGCGUGGUCCAGCGAUCCAGUUACUCGCCCCGCAAAAGGCGUUGGUGGUACCUUUUGUCGGGCAGAGGGAGUUCGCGUUAGAGCAAGACCGCGAAGGAGAGAAAGAGAAGAGGGGAGCGAGCGAGAAAGAGAAGAGAGAGGAGUCAUACCGUAGGUCGGUCGGCGUAGUAAAUAUACGGGGAGUGAGAGGAACGCACACACGGCAGAGAAUAAUUUUCUCACUCUGCAAACGCCCAAUGAACAACGCUCCGGAGCCACCGAUGUGCCGCAUCGUGCGAUAACUUCCGUCACCUCUCCGACCCCCGUCUCCUCCCUCCCCCUACUCCGUACGUGUAUAUGUGUGUGUGCCGCGCCGGGCUGCGAGGUGAAAAUACCGCCCUCUCCUUCCACCCAACCCCCCGUUCGUGAGAGGAAGGUGCUACCUCGCGCGAGUAACUACGGCUAGAGAAAGAAGAAAAAAAGCCGAGUGACAGAGUGACACGGUGAGGGGAGAGAGAGACGAUCCUGUGUGACCGGGGAAGAGGAACAGUGAAAUAGCCAAGAGAGGCGAGAGGAGAGAAAGAGAGCGAGAGGCCGGCGCCCACCCGACAAAUAUCCUCGUACAGCAUGACCUCGAACAAUUCACAGAAGCUCUCCACGACGGAACGAGUGAUCAAAAAUGUGCCCUUUCCGCCGUCGCACAAACUGACAGUGGCUGAUGUGUUCGACCCGCGAACGGAUCGGCCACGGCCGGAAGUCCUCAAGCAACACUUUAUCCUGGAAGGUAGAAUCGACGAGGCAGCGGCUCUUCGUAUAGUCAACGAUGGAGCAGCCCUUCUUCGCUCGGAGAAGACUAUGAUCGAUAUUGAAGCUCCAGUCACCGUGUGCGGUGACAUUCACGGACAGUUCUAUGACCUGAUGAAGUUGUUCGAGGUGGGCGGACCACCCUCCACGACGAAGUAUCUCUUCCUUGGCGAUUAUGUAGACAGGGGUUAUUUCAGUAUCGAGUGCGUAUUGUACCUGUGGGCACUUAAGCUGUGCCAUCCAAACACACUGUUUCUUCUCAGAGGCAACCACGAAUGCCGUCAUCUUACGGAAUACUUCACAUUUAAGCAAGAAUGUAAAAUAAAAUACUCCGAGAGGGUGUACGACGCUUGCAUGGAUGCGUUUGACUGUCUACCACUAGCGGCCCUCAUGAACCAACAGUUCCUCUGCGUGCACGGUGGGCUCUCGCCGGAAAUUCACAAUCUAGAAGACAUACGCAAAUUGGACAGGUUCAAAGAGCCGCCGGCGUAUGGGCCGAUGUGCGAUCUGCUCUGGUCGGAUCCAUUGGAGGACUUCGGCAACGAGAAGAACGCCGAACAUUUCUCUCACAACAGCGUUAGGGGUUGUUCAUACUUUUACAGUUACGCGGCGUGCUGCGAUUUUCUGCAAAACAACAACCUGCUCAGCAUCAUAAGGGCGCACGAGGCUCAGGAUGCGGGCUAUCGCAUGUACCGCAAAUCUCAGACGACGGGCUUCCCGUCGCUAAUUACCAUCUUCAGCGCGCCCAACUACCUCGACGUUUAUAACAACAAGGCAGCUGUACUGAAAUACGAGAACAACGUGAUGAACAUCAGGCAGUUCAAUUGUUCACCGCAUCCCUAUUGGUUGCCCAAUUUCAUGGACGUCUUCACGUGGUCUUUGCCAUUUGUAGGUGAGAAAGUCACAGAGAUGUUGGUGAACGUGUUGAGCAUCUGCUCGGACGACGAGCUCAUGAGCGACGGAGACGACGGGCUCGAAGAAGUCGCAGCGAAAGUCGUUAUCCAAAAAAAGAAUGCGUCACAAGCCCCGACAUCCGCAAAUUUAACUCGCGAAUGCUUAGUGAAGCGGAAACACAGCGACAGCGGAACGAUAUUUUCACGUGCAGCAGCCAAUCUACGCAAGGAGGUUAUCAGAAACAAGAUCAGAGCCAUUGGCAAGAUGGCGCGCGUUUUCUCCGUCCUCAGAGAGGAGAGCGAGAGCGUGCUGCAGCUGAAGGGUUUAACGCCAACUGGCGCUUUACCUCUUGGUGCGUUAUCAGGUGGAAAGACGUCCCUAAAGAACGCUCUGCAAGGUUUCUCGCCGAACCACAAAAUCACCUCGUUCGCCGAGGCGAAAGGUUUGGACGCCAUAAACGAAAGAAUGCCGCCAAGAAAGGACGCCCCGCCUACGCCGGUAAACGAGGAGAAGCCCGUGAUAAAGCCGCCGGCUCCUGCGGCAGACAAGCGAGACCACAACACACCGCAACCGCAAUCGUGAGCCUCACACUCGUCCAAUCAAGGUGGCAAGGAUGGGUGUUAAGGUCCCAGUGCUGUCGUCGCCACCGUCGAAAAAUCCAAACCAUCGCUCGUCUCUCACCCCCGGUUGUUAUCGCCAACGUGCCGUUCGUCGAGUCAAGAAGGUGUCAUCGCAACGAGGAACGAGAGUCGCACCACGGCCAACCACGAGAUGCGAGUGUCAGAGAUGCAGUUCGAGAAGAGGAAGCAAUCCAUCAGGGGAACAACGAGCGUCGUCGUCGUCGUCGUCGCGUAUGUUGCUGGCGUCUCGGCAGCCGUUGCUGCGACAGAUGUUCCGCACGACGUUUAAGAUACUCGACGACGAGCCGUUUGGCUCCGUUCUGUUGUUCGCGGCCGAAAUAUGCCGGAAUAUUUGCCUCGCGAGAGGAGUUGCGCGCCCGCCGUGCACUCGUCUCUUUUGUCCUCUUCCUCCCUGAGGACGACGACUCGUACGACCUUCUUCUGCCGCUCUACGAGCCGUGGUCGCGUUGGAUCACCACUUAAAAGUCGUCUUGUAGCGUCAGAGCGAGCAGGACGCGUACGAAGGUUCAUUCUCAGGAAGGCAGAAGUCGCGAAUGGAUCUCCAUGUGUACGCGCGUGCUGCACCGCGAAGAACAGAAGUUGAACGAGAUUGGGAACGAGAUUGGAUGACCGUACGGAGUUAUAUAUAGAGUACCGAUGAUUGUAAGAUAAAUGACGCAAGGGUAGGGUAACGAAGGGUAGCGAAAAUCGUAUGGGUUCGUUUGGAAGUCGGGGAAGGUGGGACGCGCGUGGACACGGAGCAGAAGCAAAGGAAAAAGAGCAUCGCGCUGUAGGUUGGCCGAUCUUUUUUUAUCGGAGACGCUGGAUGGAAGGCGUACAGAGAAGUUGGCGUGGUAAUUGGUUGGAAAGUUGAUCUUCUCGGAAUCGAACGUGAUAAAGGAAGAUUGUCGUUCGAUCUUCCUGUAUGCGAGGCGAGUAACGAUCGAGGCAAGAGACGAAGGAUGGAAAACACGCUCGUGUACGGUCUCCGCCAAAGAGAACGGAGAUCAAAGCGGAAAAACGGAAAUAAUUUAUACAUGCCGAUGAAAAUGAUUUGGAAGGAACGAGAAUAAAAAGAAGGGAGAGGGUAAUAAGGGAGGAAUAUUAGAAAAAAUUAUUUUCUCUUUUAAACCAUUUUCUACGCGUAUAUACGUUGCUUCUGUUUCUUCGCUUUGCUUUCUGUUCUCUUUGGCGGAGACCGCUAGAUCGUGGUGUUUCGCUCCUCCGGCAAAGAAGCAAAAGGGGGAAAGUAAAAUAAAAGAAGAAAAAUUUUAAGGCAGCUGGCCUGUCGGUACGGCGGAGCUUCCGGUUUUAGGAUUCAUUAGAUUCUUAAGAAGUUCGCCCUGGUGGAUGCACGGGCAUCCCUCCGCGCGCGUAAAAAAAAAUGGGGGCGGGGAUACUUAAAUCGUAAGUCGAGCUAAGCUUUAGGAUUAAGACGUAAGUUAUAUCGGAGAAUUUAUUUAAUAUACGCAUAUAUAUUAUAUAUAUAUUAUUAAUUAAUUAAUUAAAAUUAUGAUUAUUACUAUGAAUUAUUAUUAUGAAUUAUUAUUACUAUCGUUAUUAUUACUAAUUAUUACGAUGAUCAUCGAUACUAUCGAAUAUGAUACACGAUGUUAAUGAUGAUCAUAAUAAUAGUUCUCGCGACACCUAUGGAAGGGAACAUCGCACGUCGAGCGAAUCGUUUUCCGCCCACCUGCAAGCGAAACUGUUUCCUCCGCGGUAGCACACGUUGCAUUCGAACGAAUUUAACCGGUUUAUCGAACAUCGACUAAGUCCGUACGUUUUUUUAGAACACGUUUAGCCUCAUCCUGUAUUCCAGCAAAACUGACGACAGCUUCUGAUCCUCGACUAGCUAAUUCCGAUUAAUCAAAUAUUUCAUAAUUUCCAACGUACUAUUCUUUCUAGGAUUCAAAUCGAUUCUAGUUAGGACUUAAAACUUAAAUAAUCCAUUUGAAAUAAUGAGCAGUAACGAAUGAAAAAUAAUUGAAAGAUAGAAGAAGCAAGAUAAAACAAGAUGAUUGAAUUCAAGGCAAGAAUUAGCUGGUACCGAUCAUGGACCAAGGUUUUCAAGGAAUACGACCUAGGAAUCCUUCCUCUAAUCCCACAAAUUCGCAGAAACCAUUCAUCCUUUCUCAGAGAAUCGCCAUCGAUGUUCUAAACAUCGAGGAUUCUCUUUAAACUAGAACGUGUGUUUCUCGUUGCCACCAAAGAGAAAAGAAAGAAGGUGGCACGCACACUCAAACCAAGUGAAUUUUAAUCUCUGGUCACUUGUGAGAACAUCUUCCGAGUGUUUUAACUUUGUUCCCCUUGACCAAUCUACCCGAAUGGGUAUUUUAAAUUCUCGUUCGACGAGAGCUCGAUUCGCCGAUUUCCGCGCGACCGUGCUAACCGCGGACAGCGAUUUCGCUUGAACGACGUCCACGAGACGGAUCCGUGCAUCCUAUUUGUUCUUCGAAGAUGAUGACCUAGAACAGAGAGAAGGAAAAGAAUGGGUAAAAUGGCACGCUCGACGAGGCAGAGGAAUCUCUCGAGGCUUCGUGAGCCUCGACCGCGCAUGAAGGAUCUAAUAGCACAUAUUAUACAAUUAUAUCGAUAAACCAUGACAUGUGUGCUCGUUUUGGACGUGCGAUGCGUACACCUCAACCAGUUUCCAAAGAGGCAUUUUAACGCGUGAGGAAAUUGCGGGGAACGUUCUCGAGAAGAGACGAAGCAGACGGAAAUGGGGCAGAAUGCUUGAUCGAUCCGUGCGUAGGUAUUUACAUUGUGUACGAGUUAUCGUAAUCAAGAAGAACGGGAUGAGGGAUGAUAAAGCGAGGGAAAACGGGAAUGCAAUAACGGACAGAAUGUUCGAAGUCCUCUGAAUCGCGUGAGAAUGGUUGGAGGGAAAGCAAAGGGAAAGGCCAAGCGAACAGACACACGCAUGACACGUCUAAUAACGUUGAUCCUCUAUGAUUUUAAUGUGUGUUCUUGCUACUAUCCGACGUAAGUCUGGGCCACAGCCACACGCUGUUCAAAGCUGGUGCCGGAAGUGGAGCUUUUAAUAUCUUUGGAAGGAUGUAUCACGAAGGGGAUCGUAGGGUGGACAGAAUGGUGGGCGAAUAUCAGCAAAUUGUCUCGUAGUUACGUUGUAGUUUUUAUUUUUCUUUCUCUAUUUCUUUUUCUUAAGGGUCUGCUGGACGCGAGAAAUGUUUGAGAAAUGGUGGAAUCAAAGCGUUCCAAGAUGGAUACUCGCGUGCCAUAAAGUCCACCAGCGGAGAGAUCGAACCUCGGUACACGUGACUUCCCAGUGGUUAGCUCUUCCUAGCUAAACGCGAGCGUGUUGAGUUCAAGCUGACGGGUAUCAGUGCCAAACUAUAAUUCCUUUACGAUUCUUGCUGUCUCUUCGCUCGAAGAUCACCUGACCCCAUUGUACGUAACUAUAGUUCGUGAGACAGAGCGUUGAUACGUAGCUAAUUUUAAUUGAUCGAUCGUUUUAUGAUUUGACCUUCGUUUUACAAUUGUACAUUGCGCGUAUCGAUCUUUCGCUUCAAGGUCGACUGUUUUUAAGAAUCUCAAUCGCGAUGGCGCCAUCUGUGUCGGUCGAUGAAAAAACGACAGUUUCACGACUUUUCUUUUAUUCCCUCCUUUUCUUUUUUCUAAGUUAAUUGCUUCUCCUUCCUGUGCUAGUUGUAUACUGAGUUCUCCACGUUUUCCCGUUAUUUGUGACUCCCGAGUGCAUGGCUGGCUGGCUCCUCCUUCAUUCGUUGAAGCGUUCCCGCGCUUAUCGUCGCGUCCCCGCGACGUCAUCUUCCCCGGCCGUGGCCAGCUUCGUAAACGAUUGCAGCCACGGGGCUGCGCCACGCUCCUCGUCGUGUAAUAUUUCUAGUAAUAAAGCGGUUUCGCGAUCGAGUCGCGGGCCUUUCUCGUCGUUUUCGCUGUUUUUUCUACCUCCUCUCUCUAGAGAUCGAUGAAAAGCGGAAGAGAAGACGAGCGGGUAUCGCGACGAAAAGCAUACCACUGUGAAGGGAGAGUUAAUGGAAAGUCACGUUAGGUGAGCAAGGGCCCGUAACGAAAUAUUUAGGUGGAAGAAAAAUUGGGGAAAAGGCAUGGUAGGAAAGAAGGUCACUUCCGGCAGCCAAAUGACGACAGCGUGCAAGAAUUACGGUCUGAAACAUAAUAAAGAUAAUGAAAGAAUAUUAUUAUAAUGAAAAUGAAUUAAAUAAAAUAUAUGUGUGUAUAUAUAUAUACAAAAAA